AUGUCAGCGGAUGAGCGUCGGGAUGUGGAAAAAGUCGACGAGCGGUAAUUGUUUUAUCGGAUUAAUGCUCGCAUCUCUUGUUUUUAAUGAAUAUUCUAUCAGUUGUGGCCGCUCGCCUUUCGUUACCAAGGGAUAUACGUCCAAGUCUAGGUCAUUUGGAAAUGUCCAUGUCGCUGCCGUACGAAUUAUCCAAUUACCCUGGUGACUUAUCCGGCCUAACGUUUUUGGUACCAGACAGACCUUCAGGGCAUUUACGUUGUGGUUUGUUAGCUUUGAGAUCCGUCUCUUUUACGCGACAUUUUUUUAAGACUUAAGACAUUUGGCAUUAGAAAUUAUGCAUUUUGUGGAAUUGCUAGCGACUAACUGUAAUGCGAUUUUAGCGCCAUUUGAGACAUGAGCGCUUUUUUACCGAGAGAUUAUCACGAAGUAUUUAUGUGCGCGGCCUACGGGUUUAUAGUUUUGAAAUUUUGGCCAUUUAGGGGGUUGUCGCGAAGAUGCCUUCGGACCGUAGCAAAAAAAAAAGAUAUGGGCGCUAAUCUGUGUUAUUAUCCCCUUCGGCCCUGUGUCCAUAAGUCAAAGCACUCAAGAGAGUAGAAGACGGCUUCAAAACUUUGACGGCCUUUUUUCUAUUAUGAAAGUUCGAAUUUGGGAAGUUUUGCGUGUCUUCGGCAGGCGAUGAUCAUGUUGAAUAGCUCUCGAGGCCACUUGUUAUAUCCCCUCCUUGUUUUCCUCCUGAGAGUCCUCUUACUGAAGUCUGAGACGCCGAACGAAGUGCGGGAACCUUCUUCUUCCCUCCCUUCACUCCUCAAAACUGGAUCCGCUCGUUGGGAUUCUUGCUCGGUGUUGCCAUUGAGCCAACAGAUUUUUUGCCAUCUGAGACGACGACGCGGCCCAUCCCAACUGUGUCUCGCAUAUUCUCUGUCAAUCACACUAACUCUAUUUCCUCUAGAAAUAUGCACGUCUCCUUCGUUCCGGAAAUAAAAAUGUAAUGUAAAAAUAACACUAUUGUAGUGCUUUGUUUGUUGAAUUGUUUAUUUUUAACACUUGUGAUGAAGAAAUAAUCUACUGGAGUUUCGUAUAAUUCUUGAAAUUAGGUUGUUUCGGUUGUUUCCCUUGUUAAUUUUAAAACAGAAAGUUUUUACGGAGAAGUCAAAGGCCUCAGUGUUAUUAAAGGUUGUGUACUCGUUUAGGAACUUAAUUCCUAACAAUUAACGAGGAAAUCUUUUAUUGAUCUUUCUACUUUUGCCAAUCGAUAUCCCUCUAAGACUGUAGGUUCAGAAAACAGAGGAGUAACUCUUUUGCGCUCUUCAGAAGCCGAUCAUGGGUGGUUGUUUACAAAGAAGGAGAUUAUAGUAUAAAUUGAAGGUAAAUAGUUUUAUGGGCAUUUCCAGCCGCAUGCGCCCUCUUUUUUGUGUUUGUCAUUACCGGUUUCGUAUUCAGAUAAUGCCUUAGGUUAGAGACGUUUAUUAUGCAAGAAACUUCGCUCCUAAACCCCAAUUUGUAACCGUUUUGAGACCAGAAGAACGAAAAACCGCUGUUUAAAUUGUUUGCUUUUUGCGCAAUGCACCUGGACGCUUAAUUCCCCCUAAGGCACCGAAUGUAUAAUUCCUUUAAGAUUGAGAACAAACAUGAUAUUGAGCCUUUCUUUCCUUUCUACGCCCUUUUGUUUGACUCACCGAUCCCCCUCCUCUCUGUCGUUCUGGUACUGAUAAGACAAUAUAUUACUUCUUGUUUCAGAGUCUCGAUUGAAAAUGAAACCCAAGAAGAAGAGACAGACUUUGGCCAGGAAUUUCUGAAGGAAGAGCACCAGUUCGAGCUUUCCCAUUCACCCAGUCCCACUUCUUCGACCAACACCUGGUCGACAGCGGCGUCUGAUCAUUAUACAGGGUCUUGGAAUCGGACUGUCGCUAUGGAUGGGUUGACAUUCCAAUUGCAAUCCGGGAUUUACAAGCAGACUAUUUGUUGGCCUAAGCCGGAAAUUUCCCUAAAGGAUCUUCGCAAAGAGGCCACGUCUUUUAUUGCAAGCAAGGUAAACAUUCUGUUUUUCCGUAAUUAUGACGUAAGGGACGUAAUCGUUUUCCUAUGAUUGUUUCAAUGUCCCAUACUUUUUAUCUUCGCCGAUUUCAUAUCCACAAACUGUUUAGUACUCGGCUGCAGACACUCCAGCUUCUAUUUUGGACCAUCUCUUACUCUAUCGGCAUGAUCUCCGUUCCAUAAAUAUCCUUCAAUUGUUGACCUCUACGGACGAAAUCACCGAAGGAACUCUGAUUGAGGCCGUGAUCAGUGGUAAGUAGUACUCGAAAAAUAACCAGAAACGGGAAGACAGAUAUUAAAAAGAGUGAAUCCAGGAAAUUGGGAAUCGUGGCGGCUUUUUGGCGUCGGGGCCACGAGCUGGGCCUUCCUCUCACCUAGUAGGCCACCGGCGCAAAGAAAAAGAGACUCUUUGCCGUCCCUCGCACAAAAACACUUUUACACUACUCAUUCACACUCAAAUAUUCUCACACUUUCGCCUUUUAAUCUUUAAAUGUAUUAAAUAGUUUUAUUGUCAUGCGAAGAGGUAAGUUCGUUUUCGGAGUGACCCGACCAAGAAUUCCCUUAAUUGACUUUUUACCGGAGCUCUAAUUAAGGCUUGUAAAUUACAAAAAAUGCAAUACUAAUAAUUAUAUUUAACUAUAGCCUGUCCUCAACAUGAACGUCUUGUUGUUCAUCCCCAUACUCUCUUCGUCCACAGCUACAAAACUCCGACUUUUUGUGAUUUCUGUGGAGAACUUUUGUUUGGAUUGGUCAAGCAGGGCCUCAAAUGUCAAGGUAAUUUUGGAUUCUCCAAAAAUUUAUUGAUUUAAAUUCGUUUUCUGUGCAACAUAAAAUUGCUGACAAAAGUAUAAAAAAUUCCUUUAUUUUUUUAAAGGGUGUGGCCUCAAUUAUCACAAGCGAUGUGCAUCCAAAAUACCAAAUAAUUGUAAUGGAAGCCGACAACGAAGACCUUCGGCGAUUCCGUUGUCUCCGAGGAAUUCUGUUGGACUCCAGCAACCGGUAACCAUUCUGAAGACAUGCCAUGAGUCAUCGUAUACAUUCACCUAAAAUAACAUAUAUUUUAUAGCAAGGCGUUCUUCUCUCAACACUCUCCCAAUAUCAGCUCACUGAAUCAACCAGCAAUGACUUGGCAACAUCUUCUGUUCGUUCUAUGGCCAGCAAUUCGACCUCCAUGGUCGGUUUGGCCGCUCCUGACAUUUUAGUGACGGCCGAUCAGAGUGAAGAUGGUGAUCCCAUAGGGGGAAAUGUAAGAUUACACUUUUUAAAAUUAUAAGCUAUUUCUUAAAACAUUCAUUUUUUGCGUUUAGUUCCUUCAAAUGCCAAGAAAAGAUCGAAGUAGUUCGUGGAGCGGGAGACCACUGUGGAUGGAAAUAGCUGAAGCUACACGAGUUAAAGUACCACACACGUUCCAAGUCCAUAGUUACAAAAAGCCGACAGUCUGUCAGUAUUGUAAGAGACUACUCAGGGGUCUUAUGCGUCAAGGAAUCCAAUGUAAAGGUAAGCAUGUUUUUAUAAAAAGGUACUUCUAUGCGAAAAGUACUUCAUACUUCGGCAUUUCUUAACUGGGUUAUUCUUAUAGAUUGUAAAUACAACUGUCACAAAAAAUGUGCUGAGUUUGUCCCGAAAGAUUGCCCAGGGAAUACUCAAUCGAUCACCCAGGCAUCGCUGAUGGGACGGACAUCAGAUGAAGGUAGGUUGAGAUAUACGUAUGUACACUUGAUUUGUGAAGUAUAUGAUGAUGAUACCAUCUCUGAGUUUGAUGAGUUUGAUAAUGUACAAGUUUGUGAUGGGUAUGGUUCUGGUAUGUUGAGUUUUGUUCUGGCUUCAGUUUUUUACUUUCCGAUUAUUUGAUUAUUUUUUGUUGAGCCUUUUGAUGAUCAAUACGAAUCAAUAUUGUUAUUGGUUUUAGCCCUAAAUGAGAAUCGUCAAGAUGUUCCCACAUCUCCGCGAUCUCAUAAAAGAACUCAAGCAACACCGAGUGCACCAUUACAACAGACCGAGAGGAAUAAUAACUCAGUAGACUCGACUCCCACAGAGGCCGACGACCCCACGGCUGAAUCACAGAAUAUUCCUCUGAUGAGGAUUGUAAUGUCCAAAAAACAAACAAAGCGUCAUCAAAACAGAAUAAUCAAGGAAGGUUGGAUGGUGCAUUACACGGAUAAACAAAACAUGGUAAAAAAGUUGCAUCCAGCAUGACAUGACCUUUAUUUUAGCGUAAAAAGCAUUACUGGCGUCUGGACACGAAAUGCAUUACUAUGUACAAAGACGCCGAAUCAAAGGGCUACUAUAAAGAGCUGCCUUUGUCCGAGAUCCUUGAAGUCAACAUGGUCCCCCACGACCCGCUGAAGCGAGAGCCGACGCAUUACCUCGAAAUACGAACCCAAGUCUCCAAGUAUUUUAUCGGUGAGUGGGGGUUUCUCUGAUGUGUGUGGGGGAAGAUGAGCAGGUUUAAAAAGGCGUGUGAGAGCAAAAAACCGCCAAGAGACCGGUUUUCCGGGGAUUUAGCAAGUAAAUGCACCGUAGAGCGCUGAUCAAACUUUUUUAUAUAUCCAUUCGAGAGUCGGGGCUAUUUUUGGCACGGUCCUGAAGUCUGGGGUUGCUUUUUCAAUCGAAAAAAUGAAAAUCAACCGGCGCUUUUGCUCUCAUGCAUUUUGUGACCUCGGAGUGAAUAGUUAUAUUAUGAGUUUACAAUAUAAUAGUUCAAUACUUCCCCGUACAAUUCCUGCCUGCCGCGAGCUGGUGUUUUUUGUUUCUCUUUGAAUUUGGGGUUUUAAUGUACCACAAGCCAUAAAACGGCUUUUCAUGAUGGGCAGGGACAAGUCGGAUCACCUUCGGGAUCUGAAGGAAUGGCUGAUUACGUCACAGGCUCUCAAAAUUAUUCCCGUUCCUUUCCUUCGCACAACAUUCCCCCCUUCGGUCGCGAGCUCGUUUUCUGCGCUUCGUGUUAUUGUCUCGACUAACGCUCCUUCAUGACUCAAGGCUAUUCACGCUGGACCGGGUGCAAUUACACGAGCGCCUAUCAACGAGGGCCAGUCGCCGAAGACGAGUCCGUUUCGAGCUGAGCUCCAAGUCUGGCAAUUUGCAGACUCUCAGCAUGCUGGUGGACAAGUAUACCUACACCGAGGAUCUGCCCUUAAUCCCCUUCUCGGUGCAUCGACGGUGUUGUCUGAAUGCCCUGCAGAAGCUCUCUUUAGGCCCUAAAAACUCCUUAAAAUUACUCUCUGAAAAACGGAAAUGUAGGAAGAUUGCUUUGAAGUUACAUGAUGAACUGCUCUUACGUCAUCAUAUAAUUGUUUUUUUAGCCGGUGCUCCAAAUGAUUCGGCCAAGCCCCAAUCGAGUGAGAAGUCAUCGGAAGUGAUGACCGGCUGGGCGCAGGCGAUCAAACAAGCCUUAAUGCCCGUAACUCCACAGUCCAGUACACUUACCCGACGAGAGAGUACGCAGAGUAACAUGGUCCAGUUGAAGGUCCCGGUUCCUGGAGAAACAGGUCAUUUGGGAGUGCAGAUCCAAAGCGAAUAUGAAUUUUCUCAGCUUUAUCAGAUAUUUGCUGACGAGAUGCUGGGAUCCGGGCAAUUCGGAAUUGUCUAUGGGGGUAUGUUUUUAGAUGCAUUUUUUGCGAUUCAUGUGCUUAAUUCUUUCUAAAUGCGUAUUUUCAGGCAUCCAUCGGAAAACGGGGAAGCACGUUGCAGUUAAACUUAUCGAUAAAUUAAAAUUCCCCAGCAACAAAGAAGCUGCACUCAGGACUGAGGUCGAAAUUUUACAAGUAAGCAUCUUAGGAUUGUAAUCGUAAGCUUAAUCUGCAGAAAGUUAAGCAUCCUGGGGUUGUGGAAUUCCAACAAAUGCUGGAAACUCAAGACAGAAUAUUCGUGGUGAUGGAGAAAUUAAAAGGAGAUAUGUUGGAGAUGAUACUGAGCAGUGAGAAGGGCAGGCUUUCCGAAAGAAUUACACAGUUUUUAGUUCAUCAGGUAUGGAAUUAGUCGUUAAAUUUAUAUCUCAUCAAUUCGACCUCCCAAUUUCAGAUCUUAGUUGCACUCCGAUAUUUGCACAACCAGAAUAUUGUACAUUGUGAUCUGAAGCCGGAAAAUAUUUUGCUGACUUCUGAUUCCGACUUCACUCAAGUCAAACUUUGUGACUUUGGGUUUGCCAGAAUUAUUGGGGAACGGAGCUUCAGAAGAUCGGUUGUGGGCACCCCUGCCUAUCUCGGUACGCUUAAUCCUUUAAAAUAUCAGAGUUUGGGAUUGUUUUAUUAAAAAAUCAUUAUUUUUAGCACCAGAGGUAUUGCGCAACAAAGGAUUUAACAGAUCUUUGGACAUGUGGUCGGUCGGUGUCAUUGUUUAUGUCAGGUAUACAAUCAUAAUUUUUUGUUUCAAUUAUUUUUAGUCUUUCUGGAACUUUCCCUUUCAACGAAGACGAAGAUAUAAACGACCAAAUUCAAAAUGCAGAGUUCAUGUACCCACCUAAUCCCUGGAAUGAGAUCUCAGCAAAUGGUAUGUCCAAAGUUCAAAUAUUGAUGACAUAAUACAUGUUUUCAGCGAUAGAAUUUAUCAACAGUUUACUACAAGUAAAGAUGAGUAAACGUCUGACAGUAUCGAAAGCACUCAGCCACAUUUGGCUUCAAGGAUAUCAACUCUGGUCGGAUCUCCGAUGUCUCGAAAGGGAGGUCGGGGAACGAUUCCUCACCCACGAAUCUGAUGACCAGAGGUUUCAAGAUUACGAACGACAACAGAACAUAACCCCGGUGUAUCUAUGA